UCGCUCGAAACGGUCACACUAAAUCGUAAUUUUCCCGCCAUGGACGCGGAAUUGCUGCAACUGCGUAAGAGAAUUACAAAUAAUUUUAAAUUAAGCGGAUUUCUCAUACGUUCGGAGAAUAGUUCCUAUUUGGCCGAACAACUACUGCCCUUCGACCGGGCAGAACGAGACAAAUGGCUGACAGUCAUCACCGAAAAUCUACAGGGACAGAAAUUGGCAACGCCGCAUGUGGAGCGUUCGGCGUUGGAGAAGGCAAUCAAUGAGCUUAAUCGUGUGGGACUGGAUGAGGGCGAGACUGUGUUUGCUGUGAUAGAUGCCUUCACGGUGCCGCGAUAUCGCUACAAUCAGCGCAAUAAGAAAUUCGAACUAGAUGCGCAGCCGCGUCAACUGUUGACCCAGCCGGGGAUGAAAUCCACCUAUCUGCAGCAGCGGUAUGCCAUGCUAUUGCAAAAGACACUAAGACACGAUCUGUUUGCACCGGCUGUUAUUCAGGAUGGUGUUGGUGCCGAUGCGCAGGCCAAGAAAUUUAAACUGCAAUUCGCUGAGAAUUUGCUGGCCACCAAUAGCAUGAAGGAAGCUGUUGUGCUCGGUCUGCUUACGCAGUUGAAAGAAGGCAAAUUCUAUGUGGAGGAUCCCACCGGAUGUGUGCAGUUGGACUUGAGUGGAGCUCGUUUCCAUGCUGGUUUCUUUUGCGAAGGAUGUUUCGUCCUGGCCGAAGGAAAAUACUCAAAUGGCGUACUCAAGGUUGAUGGCCUGGGAUUCCCACCAGCGGAGGCAGCCACCAGCAGUCGUGCCUUUUUCGGUACUGCCAACAGUUGGGGCGGCGAGUCGGGCAAACUUUUGAAGUAUUCCCAACGUCUGCAAGAGCUCGAACGGACCAAUACGGAAACUACCAUAGUAUUUCUAUCCGAUGUACGCCUGGAUCUACCCAUAGUGAUGGAGAAGCUGCGCCAACUUUUUGUUGGCUAUGAUUCAUGUCCACCUCAGGCCAUAGUACUAAUGGGUCCCUUCUCCUCUAGCUCUAAGAACCAACAUGAGAUGCGUCAGCAUUUUGAUGCUUUAGGCGGCUUAGCUGCCGGCUGUGAUCAAUUGAAGAGACAAACCGAUUUAAUCCUUGUGCCAUCAACUGAGGAUCCUACAGCUCCUAAUAUCUUGCCGCGUGCUCCAUUGCCCGAAUGUCUGGCUGCUGGACUAAUUAAGGCCUGGCCGCGCACUCAAUUGGCCACAAAUCCCUGCCGCCUGCAGUAUUGCACUCAACAGAUUGUCGUUUGCCGCUUGGAUCUUAUGGCCAAAUUUUGUCGCAACACGCUCCACUUUCCCGAGGACACAUCACAAAUUGAGCAACAUUUUGCCCGAACUAUUGUAUGUCAAGGUCAUUUGGUGCCCAUUCAUCCCAUUGCCAUGCCAGUGCAUUGGGAUUAUGAUCCAGCAUUAUGGUUAUAUCCUUUGCCCGAUUUGAUCGUUAUGGGCGAUUCGUGUCAAAGUUUUCAAAGCACCCAACAUGCUUGCACGGUUCUCAAUACCGGAUCGUUUGUCAAGUCGAAGUUUGCUUUUAAGGUCUAUAUACCAGCCACACGGACAAUUGAGGAUUCCGAAAUACCAGGUGACAUGGAUUUAAGUUAAUACCUAGUUAAUACAUAGGCAUUUAAGUCUAUCAUUAAGUCUCUCCUAUGCCUUAUUUUUAAGUCUUGGUAUAUAUUUAAUUUAAUUUUUAUGUUGUUUCAAGAGAAAAUUCUCUGUUUUCUCAUUUCUCUCA